GAUACAGUGGUGACAAAAUGGAGGGUAGCGAAGUGGAUUUUAGCCAAGUGCAACUGAGUUCGCUCACGUUCAGGGCGCAAGAGGCGCUCUCGUAUUUGUUGGAUUCACAGAAAUUACUGCUUAGCGAGGGCCCUGACAAGCUUCCGAGAGAUUGGCGAGGCUUGGCCUGUCUACUAAACAUAUCUACGGAAAUAACAAACUCAUUUCAGUCAAACAAGACUGCCAAAGUGAUAAGUUACUGGAUGAGACGUGCAGAUGGCACUGCAACGGUCGGUCGUCUCCUUGAUUAUGUGCAAAGGAUUGACAGAUAUGAUGUGUUCGAUGAUUUUAUGGAGUUAUGGAGCAAUGGGAAACUUGUUGUUAACCAGCCACAACCAUUCCCCAACAACAUCAUUGCCAAACGAGAGGACAUGUCAGUUGCUCCAGAUGACUCAAAUACUGAAAACGACAUAUUAACAUUUGAUGAUGUAAUUUAUGGUGGACCCCAGUUCUACCAUGGGUAUGUGUUGUAUGCACUAGAGGACAAGGACUUUGUUGAUGAAAUGAUGAUCAGGAUGAAGGAGAAAGGUUACAACCUAUGCACAGAAGACAAUCUCCUUCCUGACUAUUCAACAACGUUUGCGCCGGUAUCACAACUCAUUUCGUCCGACAGGUGUCGCCGCAUCAUUCUGGUGUACUCUCCGGAUUUUCUCGACAGCCCGGCCAAUAAUUUUUACAUGGAUUACGCGCAGGCCGUAGGUAUCGCAACGAAGAAACCAAAGAUAAUCCCGGUGAUGUAUCGCAACUGCCCGCUGCCGCGGCAGGUCAGCUUUUAUCACAAGUUAUAUUUCACUCCGCCCGGGAACAAGUCCUCGUACGACUUCUGGGAACGCCUGGCUUGCUCACUCGAAGCUCGGGAGGUGCACUCGCCGCGCAGACUAAACGGCAACUCAUCCAACCUGUCGUCCGGCCUGAGCAUCACUGAGCUUAGUUCCGGAGCGAUGUCCGAUAUGUCUCAGGCGCACCUGCUACGCCUACCCCCCGCCAUCCGCAGUGCGUCUGAGAACCACCUCAACCGCUACGCAGACUCCACAGAGUCCGGGGACGAUCUCCACACAUCCUCCACUAUCGUCAGCGACACCUCAGGAGUGAAAAAGAAGAAAAAGUUUAGCCUCAAACGUUAUUUCUUAAAGAAGAUCAAGUCCAACGGUGAAUCUAAGAAGGGCAUUUAGUGGUUGACGUCAUUUGAGAUGGAUAUUGUUAUGUAAAUAUAUAUAUACGUAUAUGUAUAUACAAUUUUACCACAAAUAUUGGCCCCGUGGCCAACACUAACUUCGCGCGGCGAUUAUCUGUUUAUUCAAUGAAGGUCAAAACAUUAUGGAUUAAGUACUUAAUCGUUUUUGAUAACCACUUCUGUGAAACACUGUGAUUGUGUAUUAAAUUGAACAGAUAAUAAGAAAGAAAACGUAAUAAUAAUUAUUUCCAUACGAACAAUAUAACUCUUAAAUAAUAAUUUAAUAGUUCAUUUGAAGUCACUUGAACCCAUAGUGCUAAUUGGUACUUGGUGUAACGGGCUGGUGUCCGCAACUCGACAAUAUCACUUAAAUAUUAAUGUUAGUAAUAAUUAAGUUUUACACAAUAAAAUUUUAAACAGUUAAAUUAUUAUAGAAACAAAUAUUACAAAGUCAAUUCUUAUAGAAUUAAAUUAAAGGAGACCUCUCAUUCGAUACCAAUAAUGAACAGAUAACUCUGCGUGGAGUCAAAACAUUUGUAGCUGAAAACUCGAGCCCUCAAUUUAGAUACAUAAGAUUAUAUAGGGGCGUGAAACGCCUUAGAAAUUGCGCGAUUGCUAGCAGACUGUGGGAAAUAUCCUAAGUCGAUAAUACAAGCAUUGGCAUGACCGGUUUUGGUUUGGAAGAGUUAGUAAACUCAGUUUAUUUUGGCAUGUUAAACCGGUCAGUUGGUUUAAUCUUUAGGGUUUACCAUAGGUAGUUAGUGAUAGAUUUAAAUAUACCACAGAAGCAAUUACAACGUAAACAAACAUUGCAGUGGUAUUAUAUUAUUAACUAAAUAAAAUACAAACAGUGUACUGUCUUAUCUUCGACAGUAAGCAGGCGAGAUUUUAAAAGUUGUAAUUAAUUGUUUUUAAUAGACAAUAACUCCAUUCGAUGUUAGAACAAACAUGCAUAAUUAUUUUGAUAUGCGCUAUCAUGCCUGCCCACUGCGGUAGGCGGAGACUGGAAAUCCUCUUGCUGCAAUCUUGACAUACAUUCUUUAUUUUUCCAAUCGUGGAGCAAGUCAAAAACGUACGCCCCAAAUAGAUGUUUUUGGUUAAACUUGGCUUUUGGACAGAAGGUCAAUCUGAACCAGUAGAUUUAAAAUGAAAAACCUAAAUUUAAAAAUAAAUUGCUCAAGCUGCGCAGUGUGUUGUUUGUAAAUAAGCAAAAUAUAGAUGUUAAAUUGGAAAAUAAAUAGAAAUAACAACGUUAAAUAGAGAUUUUAAAAAAAUAUUGAAAAGAAUCGUCUUCAUUAUAUUAUCUUGCCAAAUUAUGAUGACUUGUUUUCUAAAUGAGCAGCUAAAUUCUCAUUGGAUUGAAUAUUUAUAACAUUCUUUAUGAGAUAUGCAAUAUUUAUAAUAAAAAAGACAGUAGAGUAAUUUAAUAAUACAACAAUUGUGUGGAAGGGUUUUUAUUGGCUCAGCUGCAGAGGACUGUGUUUAAGAACACACCUCAGCAAAAGCAUUACCAAAAAAAUCUAAAAUAUCCAAUGUCAACAACAACAUAUAGGGCUUUAA